GUGCAAAAACAUCAGUAACGGACUUUUGUUAAAAGUUUGACUAAAAAUAAAAACAAUAUUUAAUAAUAAAAGGUUUCUGUUUACUAAGAAAUGCCGAUUUAUUUUCUCAGACUAAAAUGUAAUUCUGUUGGUUUCCUUUAGAGGCGGGUUAAGGAGACUGUGAUGAUGAAAAGAGAUUUGAAAAGGUUUUGGUAAAACGCCGCUUUGUAAAUAUGAACGAAGAGUUGGAGACUUGUCUAAAGGCAGAAAGAAACAGACUAGCUCUUUGUUGUCAUGAGGGAAUGUAAGUACAACAGCAUUCCUGAUAUGAACAUUGCUGUGUAACCCCUAUUUAAGUAGUGAGGCUGAGUGCGCUCACACAUACCCCCCCCCCCCCCACACACACACACACAGCCUGGUGAAGAGGGGGAGAAAGAGCGGAGCGGGAGGAGGAGAGAAAGAGGGAGACCGCAGCAGCGGCGGCAGCAGCUCUACAGUUACUCCUGGCAGGCUCCAGUCGAGCAUGUGUGGUCUCUCAUGCGCUGUUGCUAAGGAAAUGGGUGGCUUGAAUGGAUCGGCGGAUCGGGCCGACUCGUCCUCCUCCUCGCCCCCUCACCAGCCUGCGAUUUUACAGUUUUUUGGGAUCGCUGCGAACAACGUGACGCGUCAGCUCCAGCUCUGCACCAGCCCCGUCCAGUGGAGCCACAGCUGAGGAACGGGGGAUUUCACUGGCAGCUGGUUGCACCACUAAAACGCUGGAGAGAGGCAGCUAGGCGGCGGGGUUGAAGAGCCUGGCUGGCGCUGGGUGAAUGCAGCCUGGAGAGGACGACGGCAGAGGCGUCAGCAACACUGACCUGAAGCGGAGCAUGGCAUCCACAGGAAUGCAGAUUUUUGGAUUUGUCCUGGCGCUGCUGGGCAUCAUGGGUGCCACUCUGGCCACCCUGCUGCCCAACUGGAAGGUCAGUGCGGAUGUGGGCUCCAACAUCAUCACUGCGAUCUCCCAAAUGCAGGGCCUGUGGAUGGACUGCACGUGGUACAGCACCGGGAUGUUCAGCUGCACACUGAAGUACUCGGUGCUGUCGCUCCCUGCGUAUCUGCAGACUGCUCGCACCACCAUGGUGCUGUGCUGCGUGCUCGCCGCCAUGGGCCUCUGCCUGGCAUCCCUGGGUCUAAAAUGCACACGCUGGGGAGGAGGACGGCGCUCCAAGCGGCACGCUGCUAUCGCUAGUGGAGGCUGCUUUGUUGCUGCAGGCUUUCUGUGCCUGGUGCCCGCUUCGUGGUUCACCAAGGAGGUCAUCACCAGCUUCCUGGACUCCAGCGUGCCCGAGAGCAAUAAGUUUGAGCCCGGAGGUGCCGUGUACGUGGCCUUUGUUUCAGCGGGAUUCCUUUUUGUGGGGGGGUCCAUCUUCUGCAUGUCUUGCUCGGGGAAGAGGCAUGGCCCUCAGGACCUGAUUCUGCUCCCUCCGCCUGACAAACUGCUGCUCCAGCAGCAGCAGCAACAGCUACUCCAGCAGCAGCAGGAGCUCCAGCACCAGUACUGCUCACUCUCCCCAUUAGACAAUAAGACAGGCUACAGCCUUCAGGAUUAUGUAUAAUAAAGCAGCAGCGUGUGCACUUCUGUUAAAGGGAGCAAAACCUGAGGGGAAAACCGUCACAGCCGAUGCUGCACGUCGGGCUUUACUCCAAGCUGAGGAGAAAAAGAGGAGGGCAAGAACUUUCAAUCUAUUUUCCCCUUCCUCCUUGUUUGUUUCCUGUUUUUUCGUUUUGCAAGCACAAAGCAGUGAAGGAAUCCCCCCCUCCCCUCCCCCUGCGCGGCACAUCGGAACAAACAGCGGGAAUGUGUAAGGUGCUGCAGAGUCGAAGGAACCCGAUAACCAAAUGUCAACGUCCUUCACCAGUAAAUCACAGAAAGAGCUCCCUGGGGGAAUGGAUUAAGCAAAUAAGGAAGCCCCACCCCUCACUCCCACCAAAGGUUUGAAUUUAGAUUUUAUAAAAAAAAUAUAUAUAUAAAAAAGGAAGCAAUUAUUUAGCUGCUAUUUACAAUCGUUUGUAUCGGUUCCCACCACUGGAAAGACUAGGCAAUAACCAGAGAGCAGUAAGUAAAAGCCCUUUCAUAGCGAGCCAUUGUAGUUUUUGUACACUUAUCCACUAGAAUGCAACCUGGAAUGAUUGAAAUCAAUGGUCAUAUUUUUGUUAGCUUGUAGAAUGAGGAUAUUUUGCCUCUAAAGCAUGAAGUGUGGAGCCUGUCUGUGUAUUAAUACAGCAGAAUGCCUGGUAAAAAGACUGAGCCACACAAAGCCUGUGCCUGAAAUGCUGUAGAAACAUGACCCUGCUGCAACGUUCAAAGACGACUGUCAGGAGGACGAGACGUGGGCUCCCACUCCGGAUUGGAGAAAAUGCAGACAGGCAUAUGUCUGCGACUCUGCAGGUGGAAAGAUGGGCGGGGGGUGGGGGGUGGAGAGGACUUGACAGUAUGAGAUGCACCGUCUGAUUCCCUUUUCCAGCAGCGGCUACCCAUCACAAUCCAUCCCCCUCCAUGCUCACACAUGCUUGUGUGUGCCUUCACGCAUGCGAUAAACAUUCAAAAGCUUUUUGCAUGAGCUUUUCACUUCUGUCAUCCACGUCUGCACUGCCAUGGAAACGGCAUUCAUUUUUUUAAAAAUCCUUUUAGUUUGGGGUUAUGUGCGUGUUAAUCUAAGAAGUUGUUUGGAAGGGAGGGAGCAGGUUUUUUUUCCCUCCAUCAUUCCACCUCUGUGCUGCACUUUUUAACAUUAAGGUAACAUUUUUUUUUUUUUAGAAAAUUCUUCCCUUUAAAACUUGUUUCUGUAACGGAGGGGGGCUUCGCACGGGGUUAAAAUCCGAGCCGGGGCAAAGCCAAGGAAAGGUGAAGCUUCUUGAGCUGAUCAAGUAGCCGUGUGGCAGGAUGCUAAAAAAGGUUUGAGUCAUUCUCCAUAUGUGACUUGUUUUUCAAGUGCGUCAGCAGCCUAUGCAACCGCCGCCCGAAGGUUUUAGCAUCUUAAAACCCUAGUCUCUCACUUUUAACCACUCAUUCCCUCCUGCCAUUUCUGUGUCACAGGGAUAUGAUCCCUGAUGGAAGAGUGCUGUUGCAUGUUGGAAGCAUGUCCUCCUGACGCACACGUAACCGACCCCCCCCAUACCUACUCAUAUUCCACUGGCAGGGAUAUGCUUUCUUGCUUAUAUUCUAGUAUGUGUCACUCUUAUACUCAGAGGAAUAUUUUGUUUGUGCUCUGGACAGGCUGUGAUGUACAGAUCUGCACAUUCUAGCUCACAAACAUGCAGCUUCCUGGGGGACAGCAGAUGGCUAAGCUCAGCUCGCCACCUGCAGGCUGAUGCCAGCACACCACAGGCAUCUCUGUGGGCACCCCCGCCGGCACCGGCAGCUCCGUGGGGCUCCAGUUUGUACCCCAACCCGAUUCAGCCAUCUUUGCGUUUUUUUUGCAGAUAGAACUGGCCCCUGACAAUAACUCACUGCCCAGGCGCCCAUAAGCAAUGCAAUAAACAGAGUAAAGAAUGUGCCAUGUCAUCGACUACUGACACGUUAUGUGUUUGGUGAAUGUGCCAAAUUAUGUCUCAUGAUGACUCGUUUGAACAAUUACUGGAGUUGUGUUUGUUUUAUUUUUUUAUUGGGUUGUAUGAGGGUUCUGCAUCUGAAAUGUUUUAUGGAUCUAAGGUUUGUUCUGCCAGAAAGUCUUCAGUCAGCUGGAUGUCUGUGUACAGUCCAGUGCAGCUUUUAGGCCUUUGAGGCUUCUUUUAAAUCCUCUGUGUCUCAAUUCAAAAGCACAGGAAGACGCAAAAGAGAAAAAUAUGGUAACAUCUUGACCGAGGGUUACAGCAGACACCCCCAACCCUGAACCAAAAUUAAGAAGAAAGAAAAACCUAACACAUGUUCAUAAUAUUAUUAACCUCUUGACACCUGUUGAUGCAAACACGCAUCCAUGCAAAUCGGCUCCAAACUUGCCUUAAUUUGGCAUCAAUUUGAAAGCAAAAACAUUCAUCUUUUUUUUUUUCAUAUUUGGAAAUAACUAGGCAUCAAGGGGUCUUCAAUAAUUUGUGUUAGGAAUUGGGAUUUGCUGUACUGACUGUACACAACCGUCUAGUUUUUUUUUUUUUCAAGGUUGAGAAGUCCUUCAGGUAUUUCCGUAUUAGACACAACGCCAUAUUCAUGCCAUAUCUUCUUUAUAAGAAGACUAUUCAGUGCACUUUUAUUGUGUGUUAUUGUUUGCCAUCAGUCUGGUUUGAAUAGCUGAGCACCUUAAGCUUUUUUGGACCAGAACAAAUGUGUAACACAGACUGCACGUAGGACGAAAUAAAUAAAUGAAUAAAUAAUGGUGCCAUUUCUGUCUGGUAGGAUUUAGCAGGGCUAAAUGAACUUCUUUUUGUGACUGUGCAGCUUGAUCAUCGGCACGCAAUUUCAUUUGCUUCUAAAUGGCCAGACAGUAAUGUGACUAGGUCCUAAAAGUCGCCAAAAGUUGUAACUGUCCAGCAUAUACUGUACUGAGAUGUUGGUUUAUCAUUUUGAUAACUGCAGCUUAUUUUUGUGAAUGCUAUAGCACUUCUUACUUUGCCAGUGCAUCUUUGUGAUGAUGGACCGUUCCACAAGUUCUGAUCAAGUUGUCUCAAUUUGCUUGUGCAAGUAGUUCUAUUUUUUACCAAUAAAACUAUUUUGUGAACGCAACAUGCUGGCUGGAGUUGAUGGGGAUGAAGAUGGUAUUCCUUUUGCUGCCAGUUUUUCACUGGUACAGGCUGUUCCCGAAGGUCUGCUCAGGCAUUCGGAUAGAGCAGGAUCAGUCCGAGACAGACAUCCAUAAAACAUCUCUGUGUGCAAAUUCUUUUUUUUUUUAAAAAGCUCUUCACACCGUGUUUGAUGAGAUGAUUGCAAAAGCUAGCACUUGGAAGCAUCAACAGCAACAACUCCCCUGGGAGUUUGAAGGCAUUGUUUUUAUCAGAGCUGGCUGAUUUAUCUGACAAAAUGUAUGACUUAUUGAUGGUACAUCAUUCAGAAUGUUUAAGAAGUAAGAAACUGUUUUAAAUGGAUGUAUUCUAACAAGAAAAAAAGUUUUUCAAAUGUAAUAAAUUGUGUGAACAAAAGCAGCGUUAUCAGACAACCUGUGACAAAUUUAGAAUUUAAAUAACUUAUUUUAGCUACAAAAUACCAUUUACAUGUAGUUCUUCUGUGCCUUUUGAGUAAUUGAACUGAAAAUUCAAAGUACAAAAGUACUUCAUAAAAAGCUUAUCCUGGCAUUAAUCCCUUGAUGUCUAUGAAUACAAAUAUUCAACAAACCACUUUGGCUCCAAAACUAUCUCAAUUAAAAGCAAAAAUGAAACUGAAAUGUAUUAUAUUUAUAUUUAUAUAUAUAGCUGGAAAUAAACUUAUGCAUGAAGGGGUUAAAUAUUGUUGAAGAUUGGACAUUUUCCCAAAACAAAACGACUUGUUUUUAACAUGAAAACUCAUUUUGCUGAGAUAAAUCUACAAAAAGCUACCGUGUGUAGAGACAGAUAUAAAAACUGCAGACACAAUCUCCAAUUUCUGCCGCAAAUGAUCAAAGUUUUUAAAGCGUAAGAAUGAAAGUCUUUAGCCGCAAGCAGAGCUCCUUUCAAAUCAGAUUCCAGCGCAGUAUUUUAUUUAAUAUCCAUGUCCUAUAGUGUAUGCGCUUCACAUGGAGUGCUUAUUAAAUUAGUUAGAACUCGGGCUCUCAUUACAGCGUGUGGGAACCUCCUCGAUAUCCAGUGAGAGAAGAAACGCCUUCCUGAAAAUACCAUGGAUUAUUAAAGGUGCUAGUUCACCCACUCUUCUUGCUUCUGCAACACGGGUGAACAUCAAAUAACUACUCCCCACAUAGGGAGACGCCAAUAAGAUCGCUCUUCUGUGUGUUUAGCCUUUUUUUUUUUCCUUUUUCCCAUGAAAGGCUUACACCUUAGAGCUGCUGCAGUAUGGAAUCUGCAGAUGAAGUGAAGUGAGAGCUUGACACUUCCAGGAGACGGUAACAUUUCUAUAAUAUAUUUUCCUCUACGAAGUCAAAUGUUAUUUGGUAGGGGUGUACAAUAUGAGGAAAACUUGCGAUUUGCUGGAUUAAUGAUCAAUAUUGUGACGACGAUAUAACUUGGGAUACAUGAACAAAUCAACCAAAAACAUCAUUUCCAUUUCACUGCAACGGUUCAAUUUAAAUAAGAGUUAACAUACUUACCGGUAAAUUAUUCUCAAAAUGACCCUCGUCUACAUAGGAUUCGCUAAAUACUUCAAGCUGCCAUAAGAUUGUUUUAGCACAUUUAAAGUAACCAUUUAUCGCCAUUUACCAUUUCUAAUUUUCGCCGUCUUUUGCGAUAUGUGUAUUGCACAGCUUGAUAUCGCGAUAAUGAUAAAUGUUUGAUUUAUUGUGCGGGACUACCAUUUGGUUUGUAUUACGAUUCAGUUACAAACAUGGCAAAACAAAAAUAAUGGAAAGAAUUAAAGAAGCAACAACGGCGCCCAGCUUUGUGUCUGACACAAAGAAUGAAAUAGAAUCCCAUCGUAAUGCCUCUUUAUGAAUGUUCAUACAAGACAUUUAAUGCAGUCAUCUGCACGGAGGGAGGAAUGACCUCUCUUUGUUGGAGAGGCUCCGCUGCUCGCGUGAGGCUGAGGGAAUAGCAGAAACGACCUUGGCUGCGCAGUAAACUGCUGACAAAGGUAGUAAAAGCUACGCAGAUGACAAAAGGAGAGCUUGUAGGAAAACAAUGCAGGCCGACAGUUCAAAGGAGGCCUUUUAAUAUUUCAGCUUUGUGCACGGUGCAUGCAGCCGCCGCUCUGCCAGAUUCUGCAAGAUGAAGGUGAAGAAGGCUAAACGCAUGAAAGGUGCUGGUGCGUCUCUGUUUUGUAACUGACAUUACCUUUGAUGGGAGAAAAUACACUGGAAAUUAUGCAGAGUUAUAGUGAAAAAGAUUAAUGAGAGAACAGAGCGCAAACAGCUCAUUAAGUCAGAAAAGCACUCACUGUGUAGAUUAAGUAACUGCACUAUGGUAUAUAAUGAUAUACAAUUUGCAGUAUUUGCUCCAAAAUACCAAAAAUAACAUCAUUAAGCAAAAUUAUGAUAGCUUAUUAAUGAUAGAAAAUACUAUAAAAUAAAUCUACAGUAAAUAUUUACAAUAAAUCUAUUGUAGAUUUAUCUUCUUUGAUGAUUUUCUUUCUUUUCCUCACAUAUGUUUUGACUUUCAUAAAAACUAAAUACAAACACCUAAAUGUAUCCGAAAAAAUGAAAUAAAUACAAAAAUGAAAGAUGAAACUAAAAUAUUUAUAUCUUCUUUGACUCAUUAAGUCAAGUUUUCAUGACGUAUGUGUCAUGAAGUUGUGAGGGUAAAAAUAUAUUUAAAGCACCAGGUUUUAUGCUUUAAAAGAUCAAUUUUUAGUGCCACGAUUUUGAAAAAUAUUAUUCCAAAAGCAAAACAAUUAUUUAGUGCAGAAUUCUUCUUUUUUUUCCAACCAAAUUGUUCAGAGAUUUUGUGUAAAGCUUCCCUAAAUCACUCAAAUUAAAUUAAGUUCACAAAUCUAAUUUUUUACCUUUCUGGAUUUUCUUUCAAUCAAAGGGUUUUGUUUUUGUUUUUACUUUAACAUCAAUGUGAUGUUUCAUUUCUGUUUAGCAGAUUAACAGCUUUUUUUGUCUUUAAAUUUUAAGAUAAUAGAAAAAAGAAAUAAAACCUGAACCUCCUGGAGUGUGGCUGCUACAUGAACAAAGCUGGAUUUAGUUUGAAUUUAACAAAGCACUUUGUCCGGUUUAAGUUGGCACAAAUCCUUGUAAGCAGAAGUGGAGAUAAGCUCUAGCGCUAACUCUGCCCGCCUCUGCAUUUUAAAAAGAAGAGUAUUUUUAGCCCUGCUUUACCUUGGCUCUGUGAAGUAUUGAGACCGUGCCUUCUGGCGGUUUCCCGGCCGGCACGAGUCAUUGAAAUAACUUUCCUCGAUACGGCAUUUGACCCCGUUUAAAAGAUAUGAAUAGCUCCAGAUGAGUUGUGUGUGUGUAUGAAUGUAAUGUGUGGCGGGACAAAAGAAAUUACAGUGCGGCCUUUGCGGUCGGCUCCCUGCUACUGUUGAUGCAAGACUUGGGUCACUUGAGGUCACAGAGAAGACAUACAUCAAGUGCUUCAGUGAACCCAGGUGGGAAACACGAAACCAUAUGCUCUAGUUUAAAAGAAACAUAUUUUAAACCCACAAGACAGCGUAUCUGAAGAAAGAACAAAAAUCGAACCUCAAUCUUGAGCAAAUGUAAACGUUAAAGUGCAUUUCUAACAGCUGCCAGAGUCUGUGGAUGCUCGGUGCAGCAUUAAGAAAUGUAGCUUGAGAGCUCCGCUCAUCUGGCCUCUGCUCCUGCCAAAUGACCGAGAACAAGACGAACAUCUGUAGGGCUCUUCUCUCGUUAGAUGGCGGAUGGUGGCUGAUGCAGCCAUUACUCAGAGCGGGCGGAGACAAGCGUCUGCUGGAGGAACGCCUCACUCGCUCCUCAGAUUCAUCUCUGUCACAGAUACGUCUUCACGUACUCCGUAGCGGUGCGGGGAAGCCACUCCCCUUCAGGCGCUGUUUCAGUGCAUCCAUCAACUCCAAGUUACUUUAUUGUCAGUGUUCUUCCCUCUCAGCCUCUUCAGCCACUUAAUAGCAUUUUUGCUCAUCAUGCAACUUUUCUUUUUGACAUUCCAUCUUCCUUAAUAGUAAAGUAAAGUUUUAAUAUUUGUCUUGAUCCAGUUUUCUACAUUUUACAAUGUAAUGGAUAUAAUAUAUGAAUAUAUAUAAGUCUAAAUCAGUGCAGUAAUAUAUUUUAAUUUUAAACAGUUACAUUACCUAAUCCUUAUACUAAUUUUAAUGCAUUAGUUUUAGGCGAGUAACUAAAUACCAGAGAAACAAUGUUGUGGCCAACAACAUAAUAAACAGGAGGGUUUCAACAUGUUUGCACUAACAUGUUUGAUGCAGUAUAGAUAAUGUUUAAAUAUAAUAAUAUAUAACAUGUUUGUUCACAACACUCACACUUUGUCUUUGUGUUUUUUUUUACUGGAAUGAUCCAGAUCAGUGGUCGUUUGGUAAGGAAUUUGUGUAUCCCUACUUGAUGGUGCACUCUGUGAUACUGUUGUUCAAAAACACACAACUUUUGUAAUUUUCAUAGAAUGCUAAUAAACAAGUUUCACAAAAAAGCUCAAGGUAUUUUUCAAGCAGACUGAUAAAUAUUUUUUUUAAAUAAAUACUUGAAAAAUAUAGUCUCAUCUUGUAAGCCAUGGCUGUGCAUUUGAAAAAAAAAAAAAAAAAAGCACUUGUUAAAGAAUACUUGGCUUUUGGGCACAAAACGACAAAAAAAGAAAACUGAAAAAGGUUAAGAAAUACUAAUAUAGACCAACUUGGACCAUACCAAUUUUUUCAUGUUUAAUUUUAUUUUACUAAUGAUGACUUUAGUGAUUUUUCUCCACCUUGAUUUAAUUUUUUUUUAGCAUUGUUGUGUCUUGAAAAACCCACAGUUGUGAACUGGAGCACUAAAAAUGAACUGAAGAAUAAAUGAGAUUUAAAAUCAAAACUUUAGGAGAGUUUUGCAGCUGCGGUCUUAAGCUGCGUUCACACUGAACGCGAGUUGCGCAGCUUAUUUGCGUAAUCCGCUUCUCUUUUGCCGCCUUUCCAAAAACGUGUUCCUGACCUUGACGCCAUGGCCGCGUGUGGGAGGAGCUUCUAGCUAAUGAUUAUAGCCUGAUCGCUACAGUGUCUGUGUUUAUGCCGUUUACAAUGCAUGGUAGACACGGAUGAGAGAUUUAAUUGUUAUGAGGAGCGCUACAAAAACAUCUGUAAUCACGUCUCCACGUCUGGGUUCAAGUGAUCAUUCAAAGAUUCUCUGAGACCUGUGUCUGUAAGACAGCCGCCUCCGAGGCGUUUCUGUCUCUCUGUGACCCAGUUUGAAGGCUCACUGUCCCGCAGUAACCCGAGAGGGGAAAAUGAAAACAAAAAUAAAAUUAGGGGACCGUUUUUAUUACCGUCUCUAUGAAAAUAAGAAAAGAUAUCACAACGUUUAGCAAGCCUGAGCAGGCUGCCUUCCCCUCUCGUAGCGGCUCUCUCCGUGUGACAGGCUGGCGACCUUCCAUUAUGUAUGCCGCCUUUGCCCAACAGUAGCCAGGACGUACCAUUGACUAUCCAUGGAAACUGGUCGCCUCUGUGUGAACACAGCUUAACUAUGUAGGCAAAGUGACUCACUAUCCCUUUUUUCUUUAUAUUAUUUUAAAGUAAUCCCAUUCUUGAGUAAAAUGUUUGGCUUUUCCACUCCUCUGAUUCAGUGGAUUUCUUAGGACUAUGGUUUCUAUCCUUUUAUCCUGAUGACAGAAAAGUCUGACAUUCAUCCAUCAUUUUGACUGAUUAGAACACGGGGGUGAUGCACCAUCCGAGUAUGUAAUUGGCAACAACACUGUUAAUAACCCCACAUAUUAAACCUCCAUCCAGAUGGAGCGGGAGUGUGUUGUUAAUUGGCUCCUGUUUAGGCUUAUGUGGCCAUCAACACUGACCUCUAGGUGCUGACAGCUCCGUGAAGAGCUCUGGACUGGAGACCUGCAGUGCCCCGGCGACAGCAAGGAGACCAAAGAUGGAGCAGAAGAUGAGGUGGGUGAGCUGCAGCACUUAGAAAUUAUAAUUUUGUCAUCUACUAAUCCCUUUCCAGUAUGAAACGUUUACUGAAUGUCAAACAGUGGCUUUAAGCAGCUGGUAGUCUCAGAUUACAGUCAUGAAGCAGAUCUGAACUUCACACUUGAAAAAUACAUUUUAAAGACAAAUAAAGCUAUAAAGUAUUUAUUUACAAUCCCGUCACAGUGAUGAGGCCCUGGUUCAAAUUCUGGCUGGAUCCUCUCUGUGUGGAAUUUUCUCCCGGUGCAUGUGUGGGUUUUCUCCAGGCACUCCGUCUUCCUCCCACAGUAGAAAAACAUGCUUUAUAGGUUAACUGGUGACUAAAUUGCCCUUAGGUGUGAAUGUAAGUGUGCUUAUUUGGCUCUGGGAUGGACUGGCAACCUGUCCAGGGUGUACCCCUGAUAUGCCCAACUAUAGCUGGGACAGGCUCCAGCAACCCUGUGAAUCCUAAAGGCAUUCGGCAGGUCAAGAAAGUAGACUUUUAAAUAGAAGUGGAUCGGAAGUGAUUUGUGGUUGAAGGCUUACACCAACACAGAACCAUUAUCUUGGAUGGAUAGAAGAUGGUUGCUCUGACAAAAAAAAAAAAAA